AUGCCAAGUGGGUUGUCGGGGCUGUCGCGCAUUGUUGAGGGUGUCAAGAGGCUCGUCCUCAGGAGGGAGCUCGUGGGGGUGGACUCGCUGGGAAACAAGUACUUCAGGAAGGCUGAGGUACUGAAUGGGCGGCCUUUUGAGCGGCGAUGGGUUUCGCCGGUCAGAGGCGAGUACGAUCCCGGGUCGAUCCCUCCAGAAUGGACGUCCUGGCUGCACAAGGGCAGGGCCGACCCCCCACAAGAGGAGGAGAGCAUGAGGCUUGAGGCUAGCCGUCUGGCAAUGCAGAAGAAAGUGGAAGCUCUGGAGGAGGAAGAGAGAAAGAGGAAGUUUCGGAUGGAGAGCCUGCGGCUACAGGGCCAGCAGGCAGACAGUGAGCCGAGCAUGACAAGAUUCGUUGAACAGCUCGCAACCAAGGGGAGCAGCCUGUCAGACCCAAGCCUGGUAGCCCUGAUACUAAGUUUGAGGCAGAAACCUGGAAGCCAGGCUGACUUCUGA